CAUGUCUCAUCCCGGGCUGUAUUUUAAAUAGGAUGCACUCUGUCUUGUGAUGACAGGUGAAUCCGGGACCGUCCGUGCCACGCAUGCACCGCUGGAGCGCACGAACCCCGUCGCACCGCCCUCCUGCCCGCCUGCUGCCGGGAGGAGCAGAGCACAGAGCAGACCGGAGCGCAGCGUCAGGAGUCACGGUACCGUAGGGAUGUGGCAGCCAGUUCGACAGCUAGAAAUGCCCCGUGAAAUUCUUAAAGUUUGUCUUCUCUGAGAGCUGACAGCAACGAGCAGAGCUAGACGUGAGAGGAGGGGAAAACAAAUCUCGCGGAGGCGCGUCCUCAUCCACAGACAUUUCCAGCGCUCCCUGCCCGUCUGCUCGGUGUCGAUCGUGAAGCGCGUCGGAGCCGGUGUCCGCACACAUCUAACCGUCAGGAGACGAGAAAGAGGAGCAGGGAGGGAGACGAGGAGGUCGUUUUCUUCUCACAACCCCCGCUGACACCCGGAUCCUCGCUGUGUCUUCUGAUGUGCAGCCUGGAAGACCCCUGCCACUUUGAUGUGUGAGUACACCCACCAAUAAUGGCCCAUAGGAUACACAGUGGAAAUACACCUGAAGCAGAAGUGUCCGUGUAUGCUGUCCAGGUCUACCUGCAGACUUUCUCCCACAAACACAUCUGACUUUUAGAAGAUCCCAGUGACAGUGUGUUUAACAUGAGGCUGGUGUGGAAAUCCCUGGACAAGAUGAGGUGUCUGAGGAAACGGUCCACUAUUCCCUUCCUCGGCUUCCUCAUCACCUUCCUCCUCUUCCUCAACCUCUACAUUGAAGACGGCUAUGUGCUGGAAGGGGACAAAAGGCAGCUUAGGGAAACAUCAGUCCAUCCUCCAAGCUCAGAGCGAUACGUUCACACCUUCAGAGACCUCAGUAAUUUCUCUGGAACCAUUAAUGUCACGUAUCGCUAUCUCGCCGGAACCCCGCUGAACCGCAAGAAGUAUCUCACCAUUGGACUGUCAUCAGUCAAAAGAAAAAGAGGAAACUACCUUCUGGAGACCAUCAAAUCCAUCUUUGAUCAGUCCAGUUACGAGGAACUGAAAGAGAUUGUGGUUGUGGUUCAUCUGGCAGACUUUGAUCUGGUCUGGUGUGAGAACCUGGUACAGGAAAUCACCAGGAAGUUUGCUCACCACAUCAUAGCCGGACGCCUCCUGGUAAUCCAGGCCCCAGAGGAGUACUAUCCAUCUCUGGAUGGACUGAAAAGGAACUACAACGACCCGGAGGACCGAGUCCGUUUCCGUUCUAAGCAGAACGUGGACUACGCUUUCCUCCUUAACUUCUGCACAAACCUCUCUCACUUCUACAUGAUGUUAGAGGACGAUGUACGCUGCUCCAGGAACUUCCUGACAGCGCUGAAGAAGGUGAUCACCUCCAGAGAAGGUUCCUACUGGGUGAUGCUGGAAUUCUCCAAGCUGGGCUACAUCGGAAAGCUGUACCACUCCAGAGACCUGCCUCGUCUGGCUCAUUUCCUCCUCAUGUUCUACCAGGAAAUGCCCUGUGACUGGCUUCUCAUCCACUUCAGGGGUCUGCUGGCCCAGAAGGAUGUGAUCCGAUUCAAGCCCUCACUGUUCCAACACAUGGGCUACUACUCCUCAUAUAAAGGGGCUGAAAACAAACUGAAGGAUGAUGACUUUGAGGAAGACUCCAUAGACAUUCCUGACAACCCCCCUGCCAGCCUUCACACAAACAUCAAUGUCUUUGAAAACUAUGACGCCACCAAGGCUUAUAGCACAGUGGAUGAAUACUUCUGGGGGAAACCUCCUUCCACUGGAGAUUUUUUUGUCAUAGUCUUUAAUAAAUCUACCAAAAUUAGUAAAAUUAAGAUUGCAACUGGGUCUGAUGACCGGCAGAAUGACAUUCUUCACCAUGGAGCCCUAGAAGUAGGUGAGAAAUUAGUUGGAACUAAAAAAGGUAAACAGUGUUCAUCAUAUAUCACACUGGGGGAAUUUAAAAAUGGCAACAUUGAGGUUCAAGAUGUAGACCACAAGAUUGCCUUUGACAUUGAGUGUGUCCGCAUUGUGGUGACAGCCAGUCAGAAAGAAUGGCUUAUUAUUAGAAGUAUAAGUUUAUGGACUACACAACCCCCCAGCCAAUGAGGACUAAAUACAAAGACUCUUAGUAUGUCAUAGAGGCAACGGUUUUUAUUAUUAUUAUUAUUUAGUAAUGUAUGUAUUUCCAGGUUUAUUUAUUCAUUUUGUAUGUAUUUAUUGAUACUCAUUUUGAUUGCCAAAUCAAUCUAUAAUUUUUUAUACCUGCAAGUUGUAACUUUAGUGGAGCAUCUUCACAGUCAUUCUCAAGGACUGUUCAACUGACCUCAGAAUAUUCAUUAAUACGUUUUCAUAAGUGUUGCAUUGAAGUUAAUUCAUUUUUAAUAGCUAUCCUUAUUAUCUGGUUGGGCGAUAACUACAGUAUGUAUCAUUUGCGAGUAACUUCAGAUAGUAUCAUGUCAUGGUCACAUUGUGUUACCUUUUUACAAAUCUCUUCUGUCCCAAAAGAGAAUAAGGUUUACAGCGUUCUAUAUUUUCUUACCAUAAUAAAAUCCCAUGAAAACACCAGAACCCACAAAAGACUCAGUCCUACUCACAAGCAUUGUGUGUUUAUCUAUAGCCUGGUGUGUCUUAAUCCUCUGUGCCAUAGAGCGUCAUUGUUGUCCAAAAGCUUCCAUCAACCCUCAGUAGUGCACCAAACUCAAACGUAUAACAAGCCAUCACAUAAAAUAACAAUAAUAAUAAGUGCACUACUUAAGUAACAUUUGCUUAACUAAAGUGCCCAGCAGUUUUAUUCAUUUGCUCAGCUUAUUUCUUGGGAAACUAUAAAUUUCUGGCCUGUUUUUAAAGAUUUACACCUUCAGUAUGAGCUAAUGGUCUAAGGCCGAGCGCCACUGACAAGUGUGGAGACCGAACAGUGUUAGUUUUUGCUUUUAAAGAGAUCUGUCGACAAUAAGAAAGAUAUAAAAACUAUAUCUGCCAUACUCUAAAAUGAUUCAAAGUAAGAUGUAAUUGAAAAUUGUAGUUUUUGAAGGUUUUGUUCAAAACCCUUAAUCUGAAGUAAAUCCUAACAAUGAAAGGCAAAUAUUCAAACACAGCACUGAACAUCAUCAAGUUCACUGACGCGUGAUCAUGCAUAUUUUUGUUAUAUCAAUUGUGUCAUAUAUAAUUUGUGAGUUUUAGAAAAUGUUCAUUUAAUAUCAUGAUAGUCAUGUUAGAUCGCCCAGCCCACCCAUAUUGACAUAAGUCAUUAAUGGAUGAGGAAAUUUACCUUUAUUUCUGAAUGUUUGUGAAGGCUCUUCAGAAAGGUGAGUAAUGAACACACAUCUCCUUUAGGGAACAGUGUGUUACUGAUCUACUGCAACUUUGUUAAGUUUGUUACAAGUGACAACUUUCUUUUUCUAAAUAUUAUUAACCAGUAAUUAUUUAUAAAUGAAGGAGAUGGAUACUCAUUAGGAAGUUUAACUAAAUAUUUUUCCCUAAAAGUACUAUUCAAUUAAAAGAAACUGCAUUUCAACAAAUUUCCACAACAGAUAUUGACCCUGCAAAAGUGUAGCUCUGGGAUCUCUCUGUGAAUGUUCCCUCUUGACCCUUAAAUAUUUUCCUCCUUGAAAACCUAUCAGAGGUCAUUCAUUGUUGCCUUGAAUAGUCAUCAUGUCAAACCAAACCUUUCCUGGUUUAAAUAUUCUUUCUUGGUUUAAUCAUCUUCCUGGCUGUGGUUGAGGCGGAUGUGCGAUUUGGCUUAGCUCUUUCACUAGCAGCUGUAUGUUCUGUCAGGGCUGCUGACAGGAGAACAAUGUUUGUUUUCACCCGUCUUCUCCAAGAGCUGAGAUUAGAUUGCACAGUGAAGAAUGGGCCGGGUCUGCUCUUACGUCUCUCUUUUUUUUUCCUUCCCAACACAAUUUUCCCCCUAGUAAAUUGGUCUGUGUUUGCCUCACUCUCUACACCAGCAAAACAACAUCUUCCCUGGAGCUAUAGGAUCUCAAUUCGUUCUUUCCCCAAUGUUGCGCUCUCACAGCUUCAGUGUUUCUGCUCCUACAUGGUUUCCUCUCUGUGAUCUUUGCUCUCUGUUCAUAUAGUCUGCCGCUGCUUUGGGGAAAAUUGCUUGGUUUCCCUCUGAAGAUUCUUUUCAAAUUCCCUACCUUGCUCUGUGUUCUUAAACAGACAACAUUUGUAGGAAUUGACACAGCACAUGACACGUUAGCUUAUCGCCACCAUGCUGCUCAGAGCAGUUCAGAGCCCUGCUUUCAACAUAGCCUUUCCAUGUUCAGUAUUUAGAGUCCAUUAGUGAGCAAUGCUCAAUGAAAGAUUAGGUUCUACAUUGACAUGGUGUCAAGAAAUGACUCAAUGCAAUAAAGAGGUAAAUGUUUACAUAAUACUGGAGUUCUAUAGGCGCAUGCAGUGAAGGCAGAUUGUCAUUUGGGAUGCUGCAACAGUUUUCUAAAGCUUUGUUCCGCUGUUGCGAUAGCCACCUGUUCCAUAUUUUCCCUCAAGGUCUUGUUCAGUGUUACAGAUCGAGACCUUUUGCAGAUUGGCUUGUACCACCGCCUCGAAAUCCUUCCUCAGCAAAUCCCCCAUGUGCUUUCUGAAAUGAAAUUAGAAUGCCCACCACCUCACAAUACGGCUCAUUGUUUUUCCUCAGCAUUUCCCUUGGAAUGCCACUAUUCAUUUUAGUGAAUGAUUCCAUGACCUGCAUGGAUCAGCUCCUUGGAGGGGAUGUUGGUUGAAUGGACGAUGCUCGAAAACACAAUCUACAUUGUGCUGCGUGUGUGGUGUUCUUUAUGACGCACACCAAGGCGCCAAUUCAGCCCAGAAUUACCUGCAUAUGAGCGAGACACCCUCGAUGUUACCACAGGGCAGUUAGCUGUUGUACAAGCGUAAUGGAUGACUUUGAUAUGCCUCAUGUCCAAGUAGAGCAGCCGUGUUGUGGGGCUGAUAUUUCUUGAGGAGAAAAUGCUGUCUGAUCUUUAUUUGAAAUAAGAUGCCAGCCAAAACUAGCUGCUCGCUGCAGAUUUAUGGACAGAUUUACAUCUUGGGGAUAACAACAAAAGCUGCAUAAAUUCCUCAACUGGAUGUCAGCAAACUGCUGCGCACAGCAUUCUUUGCUAUUGGCAGCAUGUUUGGAAACCUCAAUCCAUGCACAGCCUUGGGUGAACAGUGUGCACAGGAUCAGUUAUGCAUUUCACUUAAUACUUAAGAAAAACUGUUCUUUCAUGCUGUUCAGUACUUGCAGCUUGUAAUUGUCAAGAAUUAAACACUAAUUGUAUCGACAGACCUCUGAGAACAAGGGCAGAGGUUUGUGAAUCACUUGCAGGAAGGUAACUAUCUACGUUGAUUUAAUUACAUUGGCUGUGAAGGUUCAAUCCCCAAAAGCCGUGAGCAAGUGAUGAAUGUGAAUAUGAUAUGUGGGUCCUGAGUUAUUUGAAAUGUGAGCUGUCUUCCAGUGGAGCAUGUACAAAGUGCAUGAACAAAAGCAUUUUCAGUGGAUUAAACAACUCCUUUUGUACGUCAGGAUCUAUGACUUAUUGUUCAGCUUCUGCUAAUGAAAUAGUAUGCAGAAGCCUACCAGUGGUACUUUACCAGAGGUUCUGAGUUCAUGUGCUGUAUAUUGUUAAGUGGAGCGAGUGUGUUAAGAUGUUGUUUCUGUGUCUGUUUUACUUUCCAUUGUUCACUAAUUGGUACUGUAUUGUAAGAUGACAUAUAUUUUUUUACAUGUAUCAUUUCAAAUGUUGUAAUGUAUAUAUUGUAUUUAAAAUGAAAUUAGAUUAAACAAAUGAAUGCCAAA